AUGUUCCGUGAAACUGCUUAUGAGCAGGAAAAUUGCGAUGCAGAAUCACACGCUGCUGCAAAGAUCAUUUUCGGACGUAAUUUGCAGCGACGCAGCCAGUUCUUAACGAUGCCUUCAAGACUGAUUGUAAACAACAAAAUUGCAAUGGGCGACGCCGACGAGGAGACUUCGAUUGUCUCCACUUUGAUCACGAAGACGGAAGGGCUGGCCUGA